AUGAGUUUCAAAGGCUUUCAGAAGAGCCUUGUACGUGCGCCACAACAGUUCAAGGCCAAAUUCAACAUCGGUGUGCACACCAAGGAUGCAGUCUAUAGUGAUGCCGAGCGUCGCUUCGAUGAGCUUGAGAAAGAGACCAAGAAGCUCCAUGACGAAUCGAAGAAGUACUUUACGGCCAUUAAUGGUGAGUCCGGUGUCCCGCUGACACGUGCCUCACGCCUCAUGCUGACCCUCGCAGGCAUGUUGAGCCACCAAAUCGAGUUCUCCAAAGCAGUCGCCGAAAUCUACAAGCCAAUCUCCGGUCGCGCAUCCGAUCCUAACUCCUACCAGUUCGAAGGGAAUGCAGAAGGUAUCCAGGCCUGCGAAGAAUAUGAAGUGGUUGUCCGGGAAUUGCAAGAGGCGCUGGCCCCGGAGCUCGAGAUGAUCGACAGCCGCAUCAUCAGCCCUGCCGACCAGCUGCUCGAGGUGAUCAAGGUCAUCCGAAAAGUUGCCGUCAAGCGCGACCACAAACAGCUGGACUUUGACCGCCAUAAUGCCACGCUGAAGAAGCUAGAAGAAAAGAAAGAUAAAUCACUCAAGGACGAAAAGGCACUAUACAAAGCCGAGAAUGAUGUGGAGCAGUCUACCCAGGAAUUCAACUAUUACAACGAUUUACUCAAGGAUGAACUGCCCAAGUUGUUUGCCCUUGAAGCCGAGUUCAUCCGCCCGCUCUUCCAGUCCUUCUAUUAUAUGCAACUCAAUGUCUUCUACACUCUGCAUGAUCGCAUGCAGGCCUUGAACAUCAGCUAUUUCAACCUGCAACUCGAUGUCGAGGAGGCCUUUGAACAGAAGCGCGGCAAUAUUCAGGAACAAGCCGAGGCUCUGACCAUCGUACACUUCAAGACGCAGGGCGUCCGCCGCUCUGGGUCCAAAUUCAACCCCUUGGGCAAGGGUGCCGACAGCAAGGGAGCCGACACCAAGGGCAUCAUCGGCCGCGGCCGUUCCAGCUCCACUGCCACCGAAGAUAAUCCUCCACCACCUUAUUCGUCUGCCGGCAUCAGCCCCAGUCCGACAGGCAGUUUCUCUGCCGCCGCCAAAGGCAAGCCUGCUCCACCUCCCCCACGAGCGAAGCCAUCCCACCUCAGUAAGCAAGUCGAGACUGUCACCGCUCUUUACGACUACGAAGCCCAGGCACAUGGUGAUCUCGGAUUCUCUGCUGGUGAUAUUAUCGAGAUUAUCCAGCGUACCGAUAAUACAAAUGAAUGGUGGACUGGGCGAAUUGCAGGCCGGGAGGGCCAAUUUCCUGCCAACUAUGUGCAAUUGAAUUAG